AUGUUGGCAAGAAGAUUUCUGAUGGGUGGCCUACCUUUGCAAAAUGCUUCACCUGCCUCAGCUGUAAGCCAGGUGGCAUUAAUUACAACAUCAGGUCAAGAGUCAAAGCCCAAGAAGAAAAUCUGCUGUGCUUGCCCUGAAACUAAGAAACUAAGAGACGAAUGCAUUGUGGAGCAUGGUGAAACUUCUUGUGCAAAAUGGAUUGAGGCUCAUCGACAGUGCCUUCCUAGCGGUUGCAAAAGAUGCACUGAGAAGAUCAAGGAAAGGUUAUUGUCUGAAGAUGCUUAG